AUGACUAUAUGCCUUGCCUAUCAAAAGAACAUCUCGGACAGACGGUACAGAGCUCACCUCGGACAGUGUCGCAAAGCCUACGAGUACACAGCAUCAUCUAUUGACAAGUAUGAAGCACGGGGAGAAAAGGAGAAGAAGGCAAAGCUUAGAAAAUGGGAUAGGACACAGAAUCUAGAUGAAGAAUGUGCUGCUCUUAGAGAAGUGCUGAAUGAGGUUGAAGAUUUCGAGUCUGCAGGUUAUGCCGGGGAAGCUAAUGAUUCCAUGGCAGUCCCUCCGUUAAUACAAGAGGACCCCCCUGAUCCAAGUACCAUUAGUCGAGCUGGACGACGAUGCAUACUCCCCCGGAGGUUAGUGGAUUACCUUCCCUCCAACUUCGGCGGUCUUGCAGCGCAUAUUCUGAGAGAGAAGAUCCCGACCAAGAGGUCUCAAAAGGCUCAUGAUGCGGGUAUCAUGGAUGAUGCACCACCUCUCCCUCCUGAUCCAGAGCCUGCUGCCGAAGAAAUUGUUCCUUGUUUCCAGACAGAACCCAACCAAUUCGGAGUCUAUUGCGAGUAUAUCACGACACCUCUAGCAGAUCCUGAGGAUGAAAUAACACUGGAUUCUCUCUGUGACUCACCGACUCUCAUAACAGCUUGGUCUUCUGACUCUAGCCACUGGAAUUCUCUGCGCAGUUUUGGUGCGGCAUUUAUGAAGAAACUCCAUGAUGCGGAGCAAAACUACUUCGCCCCCUUCCUUAAUGCCACCACAUAUCAUCUCAUAUCAUGGCUCUACAACUCAUCUUCUGUAAAAUCUGUCGCAGAUCUGGAUUGCUUAGUAAAUGAUGUGCUUCACGCAGAGGAUUUCGAUAUUGCAGAUCUCGAGAACUUUCGAGCAGCUCGGGAACUCAAACAGCUAGAUAAUUACAGCGAGGCAUUUGAUGCAGGUGACGACUGGUGCGAAGCAGCCGUCAAGGUCCAUCUGCCGAAAGAAAAUGUCCUGUACAGAUCUGAAGAUGAUGCGCCAGAGUUUGAAGUCACGGGUAUAUACUAUCGACCCCUUCUACAAGUGAUCAAAGCAGCGUACCAGGACAUCUCAGCCACCCGAUUCCAUGUCAUUCCUCACAAGCUGUUUUGGCAGCCUCCUUCUUCAUCCAACGAUGCAUCUUCCUCGGAGUCUGCAUCAUCUGAUGAUGAUGUAGAGGUGGAACCAGAACCGGUGCGAAUAUACAGUGAGCUCUACAAUUCGGAUGCCAUGCUUGAAGAGGAUGCAAAGCUGCGCACUCUGCCACAUAAUCCAGAUGAUAGCCUGGACGUUGAGAUUACCAUUGCGCCAAUUAUGGUCUGGUCUGACUCUACGCACCUUGCAAGUUUUGGAACGGCAUCGCUCUGGCCCAUAUAUGCCUAUUUCGGGAGUCUCUCCAAGUACUUCCGAGGCAAACUGAGCGCUUUUGCAGCACACCAUUUGGCAUACAUCCCUUCACUCCCCGACAAGAUACAAGACUACUACAGGUCGAUAUACAAGGUUGCUGCAAUGGCCGCUACCCUGACAUUCUGCAAGCAUGAGCGAAUGCAAGCAAUCUGGCUUUUACUCCUGGAUCCAGAAUUUAUGCAUGCAUAUAAGCAUGGUAUAAUUCUCCUGUGUGGAGAUGGUGUUCUUCGACGAUUAUUUCCGCAAUUUUUUACAUAUUCGGCUGAUUACCCAGAGAAAGUUCUCCUUGCAUGCAUCAAGUACCUUGCGAAGUGUCCAUGCCCUCGCUGCUUGACCAAGAAGGCAAAUAUUGGAGCCAUAGGCACUCGAGCUGACUAA